GCAGUGAAAAUUGAAAUUUACGUGUUUAUGUCUGCUUGUGGUGUAUUGUGCCUCGCUUGUUUAUCUUUGCGUCUGCUUUUAUUACACCUAUUUUAGAGGUCGAAGCGAAUUAUGUGGCUGGCAGGAAAAAGCAAAAAUGUGCGAGUUUCUUUGAAAGUGCCAUGGAGAAAUCGAAUUUUUCACACGUGUAGGAGCAAAUGGGGUAAGGUUAUGGCAAUUCGUCGCGAAGACAUAAACGUGUGGGAGAGAAGAGCUCCAAUUUCGCCAGCACACGUUAAAGAACUUGUAGAUAACGGCAUUAAAGUUCUCGUACAACCUUCGACCCGGAGAGCGUACACAAUGGCCGAGUACGAAGACGCUGGAGCUGUAAUUACAGAAGAUUUGUCUCCUGCUUCGCUGAUCGUAGGUGUAAAAGCCGUCCCUGUAAACCAGCUUUUGUGCAACAAAACCUACGCUUUCUUUUCGCAUACCAUAAAAGCUCAGCCGGGAAAUAUGCCGCUGUUGGAUGCCAUGUUGGAGAAGAAUAUAAGACUGGUUGAUUACGAAAGAAUGCUUGAUUCAAAGGGUCAGAGGGUAGCUGCAUUUGGUAAAUUUGCUGGUGUUGCAGGAAUGAUCAACAUUUUACACGGUCUUGGUUUGAGGCUUCUUGCACUUGGUCAUCACACUCCUUUUAUGUAUAUGGGUGGGACCCACAACUACAAAAACAGUCGGGCCGCUAAAUUGGCCAUAUUUGAGCUGGGUGAAGACAUUGCAAUGGGAAAGCUUCCUGCCCAUUUUGGCGCGCUUUCGUUUGUUUUCACCGGUUCUGGCAAUGUCUCGCAGGGAGCUCAAGAAAUGUUUCAAGAAUUACCGCACAUGUAUGUACCACCACACGAGUUGAGGAAGGCCAUUGAAAAAGGAGAUCAUCGCAAGCUAAUCGGAACCGUAAUCAGACGAGAGGAUUAUCUCGUGCCCAAAGCUGGUGGAAAGUUCGACGCGGAAGAAUACGAUGCGCAUCCACAGAAAUAUCGGUCAGUUUUUGUCGAAAAGAUCGCACCAUACAUGUCAGUGAUGGUAAAUGGUGUAUAUUGGCAACCCUGUUGCCCUCGCCUGCUCACCAAUGAAGAUAUUCGAAAAUUGACAAAACAGAAAGCUUCGCUAAGCGUCAAUGAUGGUUGCCCACCUUUGCCGCAUCGUUUGUUGGCUGUCUGUGACAUAUCUGCCGAUAUCAAUGGAUCUCUUGAGUUCAUGGAGGAAUGUACGACGAUUGAAUAUCCAUUUGAAUUAUUUGAUCCACGGAAAAAGAAAUCUGAAAUUGGCAUGGCUGGCGAUGGUGUUUUAAUUUGCUCAAUUGAUAAUCUUCCUGCACAGCUUCCUCGCGAGGCAACCGAUUAUUUUGGUAAAUUGUUGUUGCCUUGGAUACCGGAAAUGGUUGAUUCAAAUACGAAAGUUUCCCUUGAAAGUCAAAAUCAUUUUUCCGACACCGUUCGUAACGCUGUCAUCACUUCGAAUGGUCACCUAACUCCAAAUUAUCAAUACAUCAGCGAUUUAAGGAAAGGUCAAAAACAAAUUGAACCAAUCAGCUCAGGCAUGAAAGAACCGACUCGAGCUCCUGCUGGCACCAAAGAUAUUGACAUAAAACAUAAAGUGUUAUUGCUGGGAUCUGGUCUUGUGGCUGCUCCGAUUGUCGAUUAUCUCAUGAGAGACCAAUCCAUCCUCCUCACCAUAGGCUCAAUGGAACUAUCAGAGGCUGGUGCUCUGAGUGAUGCCUACGCCAAUGCGUCUUCCGUUUUGAUCGACGCCAGAGAUACAGAAAAAUUAAGGAAAAUUAUUGGCGACCACAAGCUUGUCAUCAGCAUGCUCCCGUACAAUUUCCAUCCUAAAGUUGCCGAGAUGUGCAUCGAACACAAGUGCGAUCUGGUCACUGCAAGCUACGUAUCGCCUGAAAUAAGGGAACUCCAUCAAAGCGCAAUGGAUGCCGGUAUAACAAUACUUAACGAAGUCGGUCUGGAUCCUGGUAUUGAUCACAUGACUGCGAUGGAGUGCUUUGACGAAGUAAAAGAUUGCGGCGGUAAGGUUGUGUCGUUCGUGUCAUAUUGUGGUGGUCUACCGUCUCCCGAGGUUGCUGAUAAUCCUUUAAGAAUGAAGUUCAGCUGGAGUCCAAAAGGGGUUCUGUCGGUCACACAAAAUGGUGCAAAAUAUCUCGAAAACGGGCAGAUUAAAGAGAUCCCUGAUGGCGGGGAAAUCUUGAAUCAUGUCAAGCCGACAGACUUUAUUCCUGGUUACAAUCUGGAAUGUUAUCCAAAUCGCGACUCCACUAUAUAUAAGGAUAUUUACGGUUUACCACAUCUUCACACCAUUAUUCGCGGCACCUUAAGAUAUCGUGGUUAUGCAAAUGUUUGCAUUGGCUUGCAAAAACUUGGUUUAUUUAACAUGGACGAGAAACCAUUUACAGGACAACCUAUGUCUUGGAGAAAAUAUGUAAGUUCAAUGCUCGGCUGCUCGUCGUCGGAACUCGAUGGAGAAGUCUUCAAAGUUGUUGGAGAAGAUGAUGCGCGAUUUUCGGCAAUUAAACAACUUGGUUUGCUUUCAAAUGAAAUUGUGGUUCCAAAAUCGUCAGCUCUAGAGACACUCAGUCACUAUUUGAGCGGCAGAUUGGCAUUUGAGAGCGGUGAACGAGAUUUAGUCCUUUUGAGACACGAAGUUGAGAUAGAAUGGCCUGAUUGCCGAAAGGAAAUGCGUCGCAUUACUUUAAUAGAAUACGGGGAUUCAAAGUACAGUGCUAUGGCGAGAACUGUUGGAUUUCCUGCUGGAAUAGGAGCAAAAAUGGUUCUUGAUGGCGAGAUCGAUGCCAAAGGUAUAGUUCUUCCAGCGGAUAGAGUCAUUUAUCAAAAACUACUGCGACGCUUAAAAGAAGAAGGUAUUAAAAUGGAAAUCGUUUCAUUCUACGACUGACAAGGUUUGCUUGUUGUUAAUAUUUAUAAAAUGUCACCGAUAUUUAUCGACUAUAUCGGCAAAUAAUAAAAGGAAAUUUCAACUAAUUAUCGGUAUCGAUCGAUACUUAUAUCUUUUGGAAAUUUCAGUGAAUUCCAGUUGUAAUGAACGUGUUUAGAUUUCUAAACAAGACAAGUUAUUUUGUUGAAAAUGGCGGUUUUUACUGCUCUUUGAAAUUAGUUUUUACUAGUGUGCUACGAAAAUCUUCUUGUGCAAAUUUAAUCUUCAUUCGACCUUACAUAUAUUGAAGUGCCAGCGUCUGGAAAUAUAUAUUUUUAAAUAGUUUAAUCGAAUUUAAGAACAUUUGCAACAUGAUUGGGAAGACGAAAACUUUAUUUUCGUUGGUUUUUGUGGCCGCGAAUUAGUUGACUUCGCACCGGAUGUGACGUAAGUAGGAGAAAGCAUGCGUUUACAUAGACAUAGCCAAUAUAAUACUGAAUAAAUAUGUUGUUAUAACAUUUUAGCAAAUCUUCUUAUAAACCUUCACUACAAAUUAAAAAUGGCGCAAAGUUGUACGGUUUGACGACAUCGUUUGAGCCAAUAAUCAAAUAAAACGCUAAAAAAGUAGGACUGUGUGUUUUCUUUUUACGUCACUUCGGUACGAAGAGACCUACUUCUAGUUUAAAAAGUCCAUGAAGAUAAAAUUUUCGACCUAUGACACCUUUUGCAAAUGUUCUCAAAAUCGAUUCAACCAUCUAAAGAUGUUAUUUCUCUGACCCUCAUAAAGGCACUUCAAAAUCUUCGAAGGAAUCUGAAUUCUAAUGAAACACAAAUUACUCUAUAUUUAUUUCUAAACGUUUCGAUUAACAAGUAAUUAAGUAAUUUACCGUGUUCGAACUUUUAGAAUAAUAUGUUCAGCAUUA